GGUUCGGGCGCGUAUUCGUACCGAGUAGCCCCUUAGGUACCACCCGGCGACCAGAACGGCGUGACGGCAAAACGUUUUUGGUGGCGAAGGAUCUUUCCGUGUCCGCGAGUCCAGUUUAGGGGUCCAGUUUUUUUUUUAUCAAUAUUACUGUUACCGCGUGUCUGCCGUCCGGUAAUGCGCCUGGUGCGAUCAAUGACGUCGGACCACAGCAAGAAGAGACGCCGGGGAGCGUCUGAACAGCAGUCGGCGUCGGCGUCUUCGUCUUCGUCCGAAGAACUGUGGUGGACCGAGGCAGCCGUCAACGAAGUGACCGCCGAACACCCCGGCGAGCUGGUCCGCACCGGUUGCCCGUACAUGUUGUGCAGUGCGUUGCCCACGCACUGGCGGUCCAACAAGACGUUGCCGGGCGCGUUCAAGGUGGUCAUCCUCUCCGAGGUGCCGGACGGUACGGCCGUAACGCUCAAAGCCGGCAACGAUGAAAACUGUUCGGCCGAACUGCGCAAUUCGUCGGCACUAAUCAAGAAUCAAAUAGCCAAAUUCAACGACCUGAGAUUCGUAGGUCGCAGUGGACGGGGUAAAAGUUUUACAAUCACCAUUACAGUAGGAACUUGUCCACCUCAAGUGGCGACGUACAAUAAAGCAAUCAAAGUUACCGUGGAUGGACCCCGGGAACCAAGAUCAAAAUCUCGUCAACCUCAUCAGUUCAGGGCGCUAGGCCUCGGACAGAGGCCAUUCAUGGAAAACACCUCAUUUUCCAACCAUCUUCGGGAAUUAGACACAUACCGGCGAGUCAAGUCAGAGGACUCAUCUGCCCUGGACCAGCCGUACAGAUCUACCAACAAUAACCAAGAAGACCAUGCAAACUUGACGGUAGCCGGAUCAGAAUCGAACAACUGGUGCGGGUAUUCGACGUCGUCGUAUUCGCCAAAUUCGGUCCCGUUGGUCGGUGGAUAUCCAGCAUAUCCAGACGCCGUUACCGCAACCGCAGCCGUUCCAUCGGGACCUACCGCAACCCACAUAGGAACGUCAGCAACAAUGUACGGUCCGGAAACACAACAAAGCCAAGUGCCGAACGAAUAUUGUCCGACACAUCCUCAUCAGCACCAAGACCUCAAGGUAAUCGGCGGAAAUCAUCAGGACGCGGACGGCGGUUACUAUACGUCGUGGCCAGCUCCGUCCGAACACCAUCACCCGUCGUAUCACCAUCAUCACUAUCCACCGUACCAGUACAACGCAGCGGUGUCGUCAGAACCGGCACCGGUACCGCCACCGCCACCGACCAUGGUACUGUAUCCACACCUGUACUCGACCGUUAACCAAAAUCAAAUACACCUGCACCUGCACGCUCCGUCCGAACAGAAAGACCCGUUGACCGUCGGCGCGGGCGCAGAACAGUACGCCGACGACGUCACUGUGCUGGGUAAUGCGCCGCAGCUGACGAUAAGCACCAACAGACCACCGGGCAUCGAGAUCGGGCUGCUCCAGCCGCCCGCAGUACCGCUCGACGAACAGGGUGACGUCAUAUCCAUUGGCAGGUACGACAGGCAACAGACUGAUCUUACGGUGUGGAGACCCUAUUGAUCGAACCCACGUCGUUUUCAAUAUUUUGGAGUACACGUUUCUGUCUUAUCUUUACCUCUCCUCAAAUGCACACAGGAUACAAACAAUAGGACGGUGUAUGUAUUCUCAAAAAAUCUACGUAUGUAACGUAGUACGUAAUUUAGUAGAUACAUCAAUCAAAAUUACAAACGAUCUAAAUUAACUGUACUCCGUUCAGUGGGUAAAAAAUAUAUUCCUCGAAUCUCAGUGAUCUAAAAAUAAAAACAAAUAGUAAAAACGGCUGUAUGACGUCAAAAAUCACAUAUUUUUAAAAAAUUUUAUUGUACAGAUGUACAGUUAAAGUUAUUUGGUCUCAUAUGUCCGGGUACACGGUAUACCGGAGCAUUUUCGUGGUAUUUUGAUUUCCAUUUACUAUUAUACUCGAGUAGUUUAAUAUUUAUCAUUUGUACAUAAAGACUUGUACGCGUAACGAGAACUUAUCGAAUCAAAAUUAAAUAUUAGUGUUAUCUUUAAACGUACCGACGUUGUUGAACAUUAUUUUCUAUUAUUAACAAAAUUGUGAUAUGUUUUUUGU